AUGGUAAAAUGGCCCUUCAUGAACAAAGUAUCUGUCCAUCCUCAUUUGAUGUCUUUCAAUGCUCCUCAGAAAUCUGUCAAUCAUGAUGGACAAGGUGGCAUUCAUUUUUCCCUGACACCAUACCCUGCACUAGAUGAUGUGAAUUCUAUGAAUCGCCCUGAUGAUGCGAAGAUGUUUUUAGUUCCCAAUCAAGCCAACUCAGUUCCCAUGGGACAUCCAUCCCCAAAGAAUCAUUUUACAACUGUUGGUCAGAAUAUGAAUGGUUCUAGUAUGAAGCAACCACUACUUGGGGGAAUACCUGUUAUAGCACCUCAUUCAGUUCUUCCUAUAAUUGGUAUUGGUGCUGUUGCUGGAAUGACCAAAACAUGUGUGAAAUCUUCUAUGUCUGCUCCUAAACUUACCAUCUUCUACGCGGGCACUGUGAAUGUCUUUGAUGAUAUCACUCCUGACAAGGCACAAGCUAUCAUGUUGAUGGCUGGGAGUGGAUUAUCAGCUGCUUCUAAUGUGGCACCUCCAAAUGUUCAGGCUCCCAGAUUGACUUUGGCAGUAGGUGAUGGUGUUCCUGUUAGUAAACCCUUACCACCAUGCCCUAAUCUUUCAACCCCUUUAUCUGUUUCUUCACAUACUGGUGCUCAGUCAAGGAGUGGUUCAAGUAGCAGUGAUGAAUUUCUGUCUGCUAAAACAUCUGGUGAUACCCCUACUUCUGUUAACAAAGUGGAGACUCCUAAAGUAGUCAACACAACCACCAUGCUACCAUCAGCUGUGCCACAGGCUCGCAAGGCAUCAUUGGCUCGGUUUUUGGAGAAGCGCAAGGAAAGGGUGUUGAAUGCAGCACCAUAUAACCUGAAAGAGAAUUUUGAGAAUAUGCCACAGCAGAAUAAACUUGUUUCUAAAAUGAAUGCAAGUGAGGGUGGUGAUGCACCAUCAACCAAGCAAGGAUAG